CUAUCUGACAUAUACAAAGAAGACGGCACGCAGGGAGAGACCUGUGUACACGAAUGCAGGUGGUAUUGUGUGACGUACCGACUGACGGCGGGCGAGGGCCCAUCGGUGUGCCGCCCCUGCCCUGGGGAGGCACUUCGGAGGCCGUUCUCACGCCCGCACCACGGACCUGUGCAUACACGCAUUGGUGGAGUGUCGUGAUGGCUCGGAGGAUGUACGUCACUACCUGGGUAUGGUUGUGAUGAUACGUGGAGGUGGUUCCUGCACAAGUACCGUCAGUCAGAUGUGAUGGUCAUGUGCAUAGCCUUCAUGGCCUUGGCUGACCUUUUGCUUGCUGUCCAGUGACUUAUGAAAGGCCUCCGACCCGUAUGCCGGCGGCUGCAGUAAAGAGAGAAAAUAUGUGCAUGUGGUGGCGCUCAGACGCAUCCUCUCAUUCCACGCACCUUUUCGUCACGCUCCCUCAAGCCGCUCGCCGCGCCGGCUUUACCCUGACACCCACGAUAACGCCUCCACGUGUGCGUACCUUAUUCCCCGCUCCGAUAUUCCCUCCGUUGGCGGCCGCAGCUGCCGGCCCAGCACCGCCCACUCCUGGUGACGACGGUUUCGGUGCAACGCUAUCCUGCACAUAGACGACCCCACAAAGCAUAGGACCCAUUGGAACCGCACGCACUGACAUGCUGCUUCGUUUGCUACUCACGUCUUUUUGGGUGUGGUUGUGCUGGUGGUGCUCGUCAUCGGCAGGCGAUGCGGUCUGCUGGUGAGGGCACAUACACAGAAAUCAACCCCCGUGGUAUCAGGAGGAUACUGCUUACGCUGGCCUGGCCGGUGUUGGCCACGGGAGACUCUCCAGGCGGAUCUGCCCACAGAAACGACAGAAACGACAGACAUCAUUCCACCAUUUUCGUCGCCCCCCGUCCUGCCUUCCCGGUGCAAACCGUCUUCUUCGAAGGUGAUGAGAUUUCUGGGCUGCUGGUUCUCCCUGAGGAUGUACCUGUCCUCAUCUGUCGUCAACUCCCUCCGUCCCAACACCAACCGGCCGUACAAACGGUCGAAGCACCCCUUGCGUGAGGUGAUUGUGAAAGGGGGAAAUGGGCCCUCGCGCCCCUCUUCUUUCCACACUUCCACAAUGUUGGCCAACUCACAGCGGCUCGAUACACCAUUGCGUCUACAGCAGCUCCAGCGGGCGGGAAACGCCUCGGUAUCGGGUGCCGAACAGUUGAAGAUGAGCUCUGGAUCCUCAAUGCCGAGCUCGCCAGAUGCUACAGAGGCGUGGGGGUUCCGCAGCCCCGCCAU